CUAAAAACCGUGACAACAACAGCACGACGAACGCCCUGGUCAACGAGAGCAGGAGCAGCGCUGACGAAGGUUCAGGCGACGCUGCGCGACACCGAAGACGUAUUCGGCGAUGAGAUGAGUGGAAUAAACACAGAGCUACUGGACUGGGUCGCGCUGCGGCUGCAGCAGGUGACGGGACAUGCGGGCGUGCGCUUUAGCGGCAUCGGCAUCGGCGUCGUACUGUUAGUGUUCACCACCAAAAACCAAAACAGACGCUCAGCUCGCCUAUCUAUCGUUAGGUAAUACUUAGGGCCAUUACCUUAACUUGAUGUUCAUCAUCCCCCUCCCUAG